CCCCUGAAGAUGUCCAACUGUCUGUGCAUACCCGUGCCACCCCCAUUCCCCGCCGCUCUGGCUCGCCAAGCUCCCGUGGCGCCUGUCUUAGCUGUCAGACAUGCAUGCUUUCCUCCGCCACAGGGUACGGGCCGCUUCGGCCGAGCGGACUUGCUAUACGUCUGUCUCGUAAGGGAUGCCUAAAAUAUGCGGAAGACUGGUGGAAUGAUAUUUGGGCCUUCGGCAAAUUCCAUGGGUUUUUCGGGACUAAAUGAAGAACAGAUGUGUCGGC